AUGUGGCAAGAAUGUUAUGCCCGGUCUAACAGCCAAAAGGCGCUUGACAAUGGUCCCGGAGGGUCUACGUUAAAGGCUCUGGAGCUUCUCACAGAGUGUUAUAUUCUUACCCAGGGACAGACGGUCUCAAUAAAGGGCAUUAAAGUCGCAAGGAGGAUUGUGGAGGACUGCAUGAAGAAUGUGCACCCAGUCUAUCACAUUAAAGAGUUUAUGAUUAAGAGGGAUUUGCAUGCAGAGAUGGUUAUCUCCUUCUAG